AUGGAGGGCGAGCCCCAGGCCAAAGGUGUGUACGAGAAGGUGGGCGAGGCCACGGAGACGGCGCUCACCUGUCCUGCCAAAGGUGUGUACGAGAAGGUGGGCGAGGCCACGGAGACGGCGCUCACCUGUCCUGCCAAAGGUGUGUACGAGAAGGUGGGCGAGGCCACCGAGACGGCGCUCACCUGUCCUGCCAAAGGUGUGUACGAGAAGGUGGGCGAGGCCACGGAGACGGCGCUCACCUGCCUGGUGGAGAAGAUGAACGUGUUCAACACCGACGUCAGGAACCUGUCCAAGGUGGAGCGCGCCAACGCCUGCAACGCCGUGAUCAAGCAGCUGAUGAAGAAGGAGUUCACGCUCGAGUUCUCCCGGGACCGCAAGUCCAUGUCUGUUUACUGCUCCCCGGCCAAGGCCUCACGCGCCGCCGUGGGAAACAAGAUGUUCGUCAAGGGCGCCCCCGAGGGCGUCAUCGACCGCUGCAGCUACGUGCGGGUGGGCACGGCGCGGGUGCCGCUGACGCCGGCGGUCAAGGACAAGAUCCAGGCGGUGAUCCGCGAGUGGGGCACGGGCCGGGACACGCUGCGCUGCCUGGCGCUGGCCACGCGCGACACGCCGCCCAAGAAGGAGGAGAUGGCGCUCGAGGACUCCUCCAAGUUCGCCGAGUACGAGACCGACCUGACCUUCGUGGGCUGCGUGGGCAUGCUGGACCCGCCGCGCAAGGAGGUGAUGGGCUCCAUCCGGCUGUGCCGCGACGCCGGCAUCCGCGUCAUCAUGAUCACCGGCGACAACAAGGGCACGGCCAUCGCCAUCUGCCGCCGCAUCGGCAUCUUCGGCGAGGACGAGGAGGUGUCGGGCAAGGCCUACACGGGCCGCGAGUUCGACGACCUGCCGCUGUCGGAGCAGCGCGAGGCGUGCCGGCGCGCCUGCUGCUUCGCCCGCGUCGAGCCCACGCACAAGUCCAAGAUCGUGGAGUUCCUGCAGUCCUUCGAUGAGAUCACCGCCAUGACCGGCGACGGCGUGAACGACGCGCCGGCGCUGAAGAAAGCCGAGAUCGGCAUCGCCAUGGGCUCGGGCACCGCGGUGGCCAAGACGGCCUCGGAGAUGGUCCUGGCCGACGACAACUUCUCCACCAUCGUGGCCGCGGUGGAGGAGGGGCGCGCCAUCUACAACAACAUGAAGCAGUUCAUCCGCUACCUCAUCUCCUCCAACGUCGGGGAGGUGGUCUGUAUCUUCCUGACGGCGGCGCUGGGGCUGCCCGAGGCGCUGAUCCCGGUGCAGCUGCUCUGGGUGAACCUGGUGACGGACGGGCUGCCGGCCACGGCGCUGGGCUUCAACCCGCCGGACCUGGACAUCAUGGACAAACCGCCGCGGAGCCCCAAGGAGCCGCUCAUCAGCGGCUGGCUCUUCUUCCGCUACCUGGCCAUCGGAGGUUACGUCGGCGCCGCCACCGUGGGUGCGGCCGCCUGGUGGUUCCUGUUCGCCGAGGACGGGCCCAGCGUCACCUACCACCAGCUGACCCACUUCAUGCAGUGCUCCGAGCACAACGUGGAGUUCGAGGGGCUCGACUGCGACAUCUUCGAGUCGCCGGUGCCGAUGACGAUGGCGCUGUCGGUGCUGGUGACCAUCGAGAUGUGCAACGCGCUCAACAGCCUGUCCGAGAACCAGUCCCUGGCCCGGAUGCCGCCCUGGGUGAACAUUUGGCUCGUGGGCUCCAUCUGCCUCUCCAUGUCCCUGCACUUCGUCAUCCUCUACAUCGACCCCCUGCCCAUGAUUUUCAAGCUGACGCCGCUGUCGCUGACCCAUUGGCUGAUGGUCAUCAAGAUCUCCUUCCCGGUCAUCCUGCUGGACGAGACGCUCAAGUUCAUCGCCAGGAAUUACCUGGAGGCGGACGAGCCGGCCCGGAAGCACCGGAAGUGA